CGAUGGCGUUGCCAUUCAAACGCCAAACACUGUCCUAGGAUUUAGCCUUACACUCUUCAUUGCCAAAAUGCAAACCAUUAUUUUGUUAUUUCCAGGAAUAGAGAAACAAAAAAACAAAAACCAUUAAUUUCUUAUUUACACUGACAUUGGUUUAAUAUAAUCUCCGUUAGUUUCGUUUUUUUAUGUACUGAAAGUCUCCAACAAACACGGUCUUUUAACUCUUAACCAAACAGAAUUUGCAGCCACAUUGAUUCACCACACACACAGAGACCAAAUCUCUCAACCCCUUUCGUAUUCUUUAUUUUCUUUUUCCUUUUUUGGUUUUAAUUAUAGGAAUUUUUUGAAUUUGUCUAGCUUGUUUUUUUGUGUUAAUCUUGUCUGCAGACAAAAUCUCCAUUUUUCAUGUUCCAAUCAUGGAACUGUUAAAUUUAUAGAUUUUCUCUUGCAGAAUUUGGAUUUACGAAGACAUUUGAAGGGAAAUUGGUGUUUUUCUUUUUAUGUUGUGGGUUUUUGUCAAUUUGUUGAUGGUUUUAUAGGAUUUUGGAUCAAAUUGUGAAAGAGAAAAUAAAGAAGAAUGGGGGUGGAUUAUUAUAAUGUAUUGCAAGUGGACAGGAAUGCUACAGAGGAUGAUCUGAAAAAAGCAUAUAGGAAAUUGGCAAUGAAAUGGCAUCCUGACAAGAACCCAAACAACAAAAAAGAAGCUGAAGCCAAUUUCAAACGGAUCUCUGAGGCUUAUGAGGUCUUGAGUGACCCUCAAAGAAGAGCAAUUUACAAUCAGCAUGGUGAAGAAGGGUUGAAAGACGUGCCUCCACCAGGCAGCAGCGGACCAUCCUAUGGAAAUGGCACUGGUGGGCCAAAUGGAUUCAACCCUAGGAAUGCAGAGGAUAUCUUUGCCGAGUUCUUUGGAAGUAGUCCUUUCGGAUUUGGGUCAACAGGACCAGGUAGGUCUUCAAGAUUCCAAUCUGAAGGAGGGAAGUUCGGAGGGGGAUUCGGUUGCACUGACAAUAAUUUUCGAAGUUACAACGACACAACUGCACCUCGGAAACCGCCCCCGGUUGAGAGCAAAUUGCCUUGCACCCUUGAAGAGCUGUAUACUGGUUCAACAAGGAAGAUGAAGAUCUCAAGAACUAUAGUUAAUGCAUCAGGGCGGCAAGCACAGGAAUCGGAAAUAUUAACCAUUGAUGUGAAGCCAGGGUGGAAGAAAGGAACAAAGAUUACUUUCCCAGAUAAAGGAAAUGAGCAGCCAAAUCAGCUUCCAGCAGACCUUGUAUUUGUAAUCGAUGAGAAACCCCAUGAUCUUUACAAAAGAGAUGGAAAUGAUCUUAUUGUCAACAAAAGGGUGUCACUAGCAGAAGCACUAGGGGGCACUACGAUAAAUCUAACUACUCUUGAUGGCCGUAACUUGUCAUUGUCUGUAACCGACAUUAUCAACCCGGGUUAUGAGCUUGUUGUUGCCAGGGAAGGAAUGCCAAUUGCAAAGGAGCCUGGUAAUAGAGGUGAUCUUAAGAUCAAAUUCGAUGUGAAGUUCCCUACAAGGUUGACACCCGAGCAACAAGCUGGACUAAAACGCGCUUUAGGGGGUUGACAUAGAAAAUCUUUCCCCAUGCAACGACACUGAAAUGUUGAAUGCGUUGUUGGAUGUAGUCAUUAAGUGGCAUAUUGGUUGUUACAUGAAUACCUUGAGCACUAACUAUGAAACCUAAGAAUAUUAGUUUUAACUGCCUCAUCAUCUUUCAAUACCAUAAAACCCAUGUAACCUAUUAUUGGCUUAUCUUUGAUCAUUAUUUUCCGUCCAAAUUUUAGUGUAAUUAUUUUAUAUAUUCUUGAGAUACAAGGGGUUGAUUCUUUCA